AUGAAGACUGGCCUAAAGCUGUGUUCUGAACGAACACCGAACCACAAAAGGCUGAUCAUAUCACUCAUGUCGUUGCCUGGAUUAUCACGUGAGGAGGAAGCUGAACGAUUAGUUAAAGCUAUCAAGGCAGUUCAAGACUACUGCGGUUGUGAGGAAGGGGAGAUGGAGAGAAACCGAAAAGCACGCCCGUGCGCCAGCUAUACAUCUCAAGGGACUGUUGACGUGGGUAAAAUCGCUAUUGAAAGGGCGAAGCGGGUUUUCACAGAGGAAGGAAGACCAACGAUAUGCUUCAUAUGCCUAGGUAAUGAAGCUCUCACCGUGGAAAAACGUGUGUACCGUUUUUCGUCACCAGGGGACCUCACUAAACACUUCAAACUAUCACAUCUAGCGAGGUUCAACAAAAGCACAGGUGAGGAAUGUAGACUAUGUGAGGAGCAUCUAGAUACUCCGACUCACAUGCAACGUCAUGCUUUCGAUUAUCAUGGCACUGUCUCGAAUAGCUUUAAAUAG